AUACUUAAAAAAGGAAUCUAUAUGUGCAAAAUCCUAGGAUGCCAGAGUUGUCAAAGACAUCUGCAUAGUCUUGUGAUAUUAUGGAAAGUUAACCAUUUGCCUAAGGAUUUGUUUUGAAGACAACAUGUGUUGCAGAGUUGGACAUGGAAAUAAACAUUAAUAAAAAUAGAUAAUAAAAUCCUGUUUAGCACUUGGAAGGAUGGAGUGGGCCCAAGCAAGGUAAAGUUUAGCCCCUUCUUUUUCAUCAGCUCAUUCAUUUGUAAUGCUUUGCUGUGAUUUGAGCAUUUUCCUAAAAAAUCGGGUGCCUCUUGAUGUGGACGCCAACUGGGUCUCCAUUUCCUGGAAUUUGAUUUGUCAACGUCUGGCAUCAUCUUUCAGGUGAGUUCCUUUAUCCACGUGUGUAACAGGUGGAACUGAUGGGAGAGCCCACAGGUUAAUUAGUGCUGUGGCAGCUGGCAAAUGCCUGAGCUACAUGCCUCUGCUACAUACUGUGAGUUGUGUUCUUCCGAGGAACCACUAUGGAGGCGUCACUAGAGGGCGGUCCGUGAUUGGCGGUGGACUACUGGUGGACUACUUUCGAAGAGCCAUGUUACGAGUCGGAUCAGUGCGCACCGCCUUGGGUCCCAGCAGCGGACUGGGAGAUUGGGUCAGACAUGAUUGGAGAGCCGUGAAUCCCUUGGCUGUGGAUUGGUCCUGAAAUAGUCUGGGUACUGUCCAAGGCAGCAGCCCCACUAUGACCUCUUGGGUUUCGAGGCUGCUUCCCAGGAAUGGCCGUUCCUUGGCUACAGCAUCAGAGAACCAGCGAGCUGAGGAUCGCCAUCGGCACCAGGAGGCCUACGGGUACUUCUUGCCCAUCCAGACGAGGUGGCAGGACAAUGACCAGUACGGCCACGUGAACAAUGUUGUGUACUACAGCUACUUCGACACGAUUAUCAACCAGUAUUUGAUCAGGUACUGCGGUCUGAAAACGGGCUUGCUGACGGCCCCCAUGGUGGGCUUCAUGGUGACCAAUCAGUGCACCUUCCACACACCGGUCAGCUUUCCUCAGAUCCCUGUGGCCGCAUUGGCCGUGGAGAAAGUGGGGCGCUCCAGCGUGCACUACCGCCUUGCUCUGUUCCCUCCUAAGCCCACCAAGGAGACGCCUUCUGUCAGCCACUGGGACCUCAGCGAUGGCUUCUUCUUCGGCCACCCCACGCUGGCUCACUUUGCCUCUUUGGCCUGCACCACAGGGUCUUCAGUCCAUGUCUUUGUCAAUCCAGCCACCAGCAAGCCGCUGGGCCUUCCUGAAGACUUCCGGAGGGGCCUCCUGCGGCUGAUGAGCCCGGCUCCAGGGUGAACGUCUGUAUGGGAGUCACACCUGCCAGAAAAUAAAGUGUAGAUGAUCCUCGUAA